AAGACAUCAGGAAGGAAAAAAAAGUGUGAACUGCGAAUGUUGCGUGGGGCCACUCUCGUCCCCCGCGGUCGUUCCGUUUAUACCGGACGGUUUUAACGAGCGCCAGGAUAACGAGAUACUUCUCUGGUAUCGACCGCUCUUCCGCGAUCUCAAUACUCAUUAUCGCCCAACCACAUAGCUCCGUCUGAGAUAUAACCAUUGCCUUGCGAUAAACACACCGGCGAGCUCGAGUGGCAAGAUGAUAAAAGCGAAAUGAGUGACACACUCAAUACCGUCAUAAUGGAGACUUCAUACGCCGAGUCCGAAAAUUGUUUGAAGGUGGGUUCGUCCUCGCCGAUACUGAAUGUGGCGCGGCAGGACUCGGGCGUACCGGAGGAUCUCGCUUCGCCUCUCAAUGGAGAGGAGGAUCCGGACCUCACUAUGAACAGCGACUGCAACAUCACCGUCAUUCACAUCAGCGAGUCGCAGAGUAACAAAACAAGCGACAAGUCACUGGCCGAGAAUAAGGACAGCAAGGAUGGCAGUGACAGUGGCGUCGAGGGUUGCGCGACAGAGGUUCCAAGAGAACGCAAUAGAAAUAGCGUUGACUACACGAGCAGUUGCGGUGGCCUGGAUGAGGCUUCUUGCGAUUCUAGCCUCGUCAGUUGUUGCUCGGUGUACGAAGACGCAUGCGGAUCCACGUUGCCAGAUGAUGUACGACUAGGUGCUACUGGCGGCGAAGGUACGAGCGAAGGUGGCAGUGAGAGCUCAUCCAUCGCUGGCAGCGUAUCUGUUCGAACAAGUCGCAUGAACGUGAAGAGAACCGCAACGACGUCCAAUUCGGCUAAGAAGAAGAUUACAAGUAGUACCGAUUCACAGAAGUGCGCUCGUACAAAACCAACGAACAUGACAUCGAGUAUGAGCUUGAACGCAACGACGCCACGAUCCAAGUCACGAACAGCAACUCCUAGAAACAUAAUGACCAAGUCUCAAGGCGCGAGCAGGGAACGGGACCAUCGACCACGAUCGAGGGAGAAAUUAAACGCCCGAGGAGAAUCGAGCUCUUCACUCAUUGCGGAUAUCGCCAAGACGCCUGUUAGUAGUCGUGGUACGACGACGUAUGGCUGUCGAUCCAGCAGUAAUGUAAUGUCUAGUUCUAUAACUACUCCCACUGCGGCCUCAAUUGCGAGGACAAGGACGAGAGUGCUGCCUGACUCGUUGCCGUCUGCACUGACCACGGAGAUCAACAAGGAUCUGGCGCAGCGUAGUGGGAGAAUUGUCAGGAACGAUUCGUCGAGGUCGAGAACCGCGUCGAGUACACGCCUGACGCGCACGCCUGCGUCCACGCCAUCCGAGGAAACGAAAAUGAAGAUACCGUCCAUGUCAACGCCUCGCACUCAGUGUGUGAAAAGUACCGCUUCACGUUCUGAUAAAGCUGUUGGCCAAGAUAAUAAGGCGCUUGACACGUAUGCAACGUUGCCACGUAGGAACAGAAAUAAACUGACAAUCUCGAAAACCGGAGAGAAGACGGAUAAGACGGCCAGAAGUAGAUCUGGAAGUCGAGACGUCAGUCUCAGCAGAAUCGUUGAGAAGAAAAGUAUUAUAGGCAGAGAUCCAUCUUCCAUUCAUAAAAGCUUGCCGCCGUAUCCUAGACAAAGAAUCAUUGAGAAGACUCGUAUAUAUCACGAAACCAGCGCGCAGACCGGCUUAACUGGACAAGACAUCGAGAAAGUAAUGUCCGGGCAACCGAGCACUAUCACCGGACCCGAGGUCAUUGAAAGACUACACAAGGAUUGCCAAACGGAGAAUACUUGGGACGAUGUGCAAACUUUGCAGGAUAACUUAAAACGCUUGAACGAGGAAAGCAGCAAUUUGCGGGAGGAGAAUGAGAAAUUAAAACUUAAAUUGGCUGAAACAAAUCGUCUUUUAGAGGAAGAACGGGCCGAUCACGCGUUUGCGCGUCAGGAACUUGAUAGGAACGCGCAGCGGGUACUGGCUAUGCUAGGUACGCCGCAAUCGGAACACGCAGAGGGCAGCGACAGCUUUCUCGAGCUCGAAUGUCAUAUACAAUCCUCAGGACAAGUUGUUGCUAAUCAGCAAGUCGAAAUAGCCGAUCUACAAUCACUGUGUCGUAUGUUAAACCGGGAUUUGGACAAGAGUCUAGCCGCGCAGAAAGCCUUGCUACAACAACAACAAGAAUUAGAAGCUGAAUCAGCUGAAAUGCAAGAUUUCCUUCAAGAAGAAAAGGCCACCUUGGUGGAUGCACUUAAGGACGCCGAAGUGGAGCUCAAGAAAAAAGGGGAAGCUUUAACUCAAAAAGAGACAGAAUUAGAAAGACAAAUGGAGGAGUGUAAGCAUUUAGUGCGAAUUAGCGAACAAAGAAGGCAAGAGAAUUUAUCAAUGAGUCUAAAGUUGAAUGCCGUCGAACGAAGAAGUAGAGAACUUUUACUGACUCAGGGCGCUGCUAUGUCUGGAGCAGCUGUAGCCCUUUCCGGACUUAGCACCAGAUUGGAAGGAUUAAUAGAUCAACUAAUUGCUUCUUAUAAUAUUUCGAUAAAAGAUCUUGAGGACGUCAUAUAUCAUAACGAAGCGUACAGUAGAAGUAACAGUAGCGUGGAGUCUAGUCCAGUUAGUUCUAAACAGAGUUUAAAGGAACGCACGCCGAGCCCGAAAAGUGGAUCCUUUGUUUCCGCGGUGAUUAGUGCAAUUAGAAACGCUGCGACACAUCCCUUUGCGGCGAGAAACAUCGAUAAAAAGUCUAGUCUAGAUUCGUCUAAAAUUUACAAAGACCUAAGCAUGGAAUCAUCAUCUGACUUGCUCGAUUUUGAAACCGAACCAUGUUUGAUGAUGGAAAGCGUUUUAGAAGACGUACCUUUACCGGACACAUACUCGCAUAAUAUGGUAUCGAGCAGCGAUUCUCUCCGCAGAGCACUGAGUUUCCCCGAAACGUCGGACGAGCAUAUAAGGAAGACAAAGUACAGCGAUGAGUGUACUAGUCUGACAAAUCUCACCCAGGCAAUCUUACAUCGUCGUAAGGUGGAAGACGAGGGUGACGAUGAUUGCGAUUCUGUGAGCGAAUCUGACACCGGGAUCAAUGACGGUCCUGUACCAUUGACGGAUUACUGUCCAUCUGUAGAUCUUGUCGAUCAAGUGAUCGAGGUGGACAAUCUUGUUACCAAACUUCUGAAAGUACUACGAAUCAUACAGCUUGACAACGAUACAUGUAUACAGGAACUAAAAGAAGAGAAGUCUAACUUGGAGAUAAAAUUAGAAGCCACCAUAACGGAGCUGAACGAGCUUCGCAAAAUUAUCGAUAACCUUCAUCAAUCACCCGAAGAAGUUCUGAACAAUGUACCGGAUCGGCGACGUAGCGUCGUGGAGAAUUGCCGAAUUUUGCUCAAAGAGGUAAUAGCUGGCGAUGUCGCCGAUACGUUUUUAUAGUGUGCUUCUUUGACGCUACUGCCAUAUCUCCGACAUAAAUUAUUGUCUUUCGUAAAAGAGAUGUCAAAUGAUAUAAUUCCUCCUGUAAGCGGAUAAGGAGAAAUUGAAAUUUGAUGAGGCCGUACUUGCUAUUAAUAGCAGUCUCGGCGAAAUAGACUGAGGAUCUCGACUGCGAUCGGAGUGACUUCCGCUUAAUAUUUUAAAAUCUCUUAUUAAUUUUUUAUAUUCUUCUUAUUAUAAAUGAUUUCAAUUCCUAAAAAUAUCCAUGUCAAUUUUGAGAGUCUGAAUUGUUAUAUUAAACAUCAACGAACAUUUUAUUUAAAAAAUGGGAUUUUUAAUUUCAACGUGAAAACAAUUUUUAAAGAAUUUUUAAAAGCAUGUGAAUAUGAAUUACAUAUAAUUUUCUUUUUUUUUUUUUGAGACUGCGUAUUUUUUAUCCGCGUUGUAAUAUUAAUUGCAAGCUAAAUACAAUGCUGUACAUGUGUAUACUAAUAUGACGUUAUACGCCGAGAUUGCAAAGAAUCAAAUUGGAACAAAUACAGGCUCGUUGUUGUUUCUAUAAAACAAUGUACAAAAAAAAAUAAAUAAUUCUGGUUAAAAUUACAAUCAAUUAUAGCUAAUUACGUAGCAUGUAGAAGGAUAUCAGAAGAUAUUUUAUUUUACUGAUUUGCUUUUUUUUAGCAGCAUUGGGCAAAAUACAUUUACGAAUAAUGAAUAACGAUUUUAAAUAUUUAUAUAUUUAUAAAUGUAUUAGCGCAUAUAAAAUAUAUGUUUUAGAUGUCUAAAUUAUAUUUACGUCUCAUUAAAUAUAUUUAACAUAUUUAAAUACGUUUUGUAAUACGCUACUAUACUUUUUGUGAAAAUACAAAAUUGUAAAUCAUUAUUCAUUAUUCCUGAAUAUAUUGUAUUCAAUGCUGAUACCCACCGAGUUGAUCAUAGAUUUUUAUAUUCAAUGCGUAAAAUGAUUCUUCAGUGUGUGAAAUUAUUAGGUUCAUAAGUAAAAGAUUAAUUUUAAGUUCUUUCAAUCAAGAUAGACAGGGUAUCCUACAUUUAAGAUAAUAGCAAUUAAUGGAGAAUACAACAGGUAUAUGGUAUCAUAUGCUAUCACAUAUGCCAUCAUAUAAAACAAAGAAUGAAUUGAAAUGAUAGAAUUUGGAUACCUUUUAUUGUGUCUUCGAUCAACACAUGUAUUAUCAUAAUCACAUCCGAGAAGAUAGUAAAAUAUUUUAUGACAAAUCUCGUAUAUAUAAAAAUACUUUGAGAAGCUUUUCAAUAGAUGAGGAUUAGAGAAAACAUUUGUGCGAUCAUUUUUGUAUGUUUGUGUGUGUAAUUUAUUUUUUUGCGAAUGUAUAUACAUUAAUAUCUGUAGGUUUUGUUGUCUGAGAUUUAUAAUAACUUCUUGCUCAGUGAAACCAAAGUUGAGAUUUAUUAUAAACGUGUAGACAAAGUUUCCUCUAUCAAAAUGAAGCUUUGCUUGAACAUAGUUUUAAACAUAGGAACAUUGUGAUGAUACACCAAACGAUAACACAUAUGUAUUUUAAUGUUUAAUCCAAUAAAUUUUCAUAUAUUGAGAGACACAGAUGCAUAUAAAUUUAUUAUAUUAUAUUAUACAUUUAACUUUACAUAUAAAAAUUAAAGAUUAUACGUAAUGCACAUGAAAAAUUCGCAAAUAAUCAAUAUAAAAUAUAUAUUCAAUAUAAGAAAUCGCGAGAUUGACAUUUACGAUUGGUUUAUAAACAUAUGAAUAAUAAUUGUAUUGUGUGCUGUGACACUAAAUCAAAAUAUAAUUGUGGCUAACGACAAAGCAAAUAUUGCAUUUAGCCCGCUUAACAUGUAAAUACAUAUGUGGAUAUAUACUGAAACAUAAUUGCCUGUUACAUUGUACGAAUAAGGCCAGUGAAAUCAUCAUUUCUGUAAUUUUAUGUAUUUUUUAAAAGCCAUCUUUUAAGUUACAGAGAAAUGCGCUGGAUAACGCUAAUAUUAACGCGUCCCUUUAUUGCUAUCUAGACACCAUAUAAAUGCGUGGUACGACAUCGAAUUGGUCAUCAACCAUACACGUUAUAUUCUACGAGUACUCAUCCAUCAUCCCUGUAGAUGCAGAUAUCCUAUACCUAUGGAGAGAGCAUGGUUCUUUUUAAACAUCUCAUUUUAAAUGAUUGUAAUUUGUGAAACGCAGAAUGCGCAUAUUGUGUUGAAAGAAAAGGAAAAUACCGUUUUCUUAAUAUAUGCUGGCGAAACAUUAUAUGCGUAUUGGAAUUGUGAGCAUCGGGGAGUCGUUUUAGUGUACGUUCAUGUUUCGCACAUGACGUAUGCUACGUAUCAAAGGCGCCAAGAAAUUCGCCAACCGUACAGCUGGUUGUCUGGAACAUAAAAAGGGUUACGUCGAGAAAGUGUACACUGAAUUAUUUUUAUAAUUAAAACGUUGAAGAUUACGCGUGGUAUCAUUCGCAAUAAGAUCGCAAUUAAGAUUAAUAUGAUUAUAAUUAAUGCCAAUAAAAUUAAUUAUCAAGA